AUGGAUCAGAAGGAAGAGUACGCACCGGUAGAUGAUGGGGUUGACUUAAGCAAACACCCGUCUGGUCUGAUUCCUACUAUCCAGAAUAUUGUGGCAACAGUUAAUUUAUGUUGUAGAUUGGAUCUUAAGGCAAUUGCAUUGGGAGCAAGAAAUGCAGAGUACAACCCAAAGAGAUUUGCUGCUGUGAUAAUAAGAAUAAGGAAACCCAGGACUACUGCCUUAAUAUUUGCUUCUGGGAAGAUGGUUGUGACAGGAGCCAGAUCUGAGGAAGAUUCAAAGAUGGCUGCAAAGAAGUACAGUAUAAUAAUAAGGAGACUUGGUUACCCUGUGAGAUUUACUGAGUUUAAGAUACAGAAUAUUGUGAGUAGUUGUGACACUAAGUUUAGUAUACGCUUGGAGGGUCUUGUCUUUGGCCACAGCAAUUACAGCAGUUACGAGCCAGAACUGUUUCCUGGGCUGAUCUACAGGAUGGUCAAGCCCAAGAUAGUUCUUCUUGUGUUUGUCUCUGGGAAAGUUGUUCUGACAGGUGCAAAGCACAGGGAGGAAAUAUACCAGGCAUUCGAGAAUAUAUAUCCCGUGCUCAAGCAGUACAGAAAGACAUAG